GUCUAUCAAAACAUUUCAUUCUCGGAUUCAACGUUGAGCAGUGUUCUAAUCAGCUUAUCUCCACGUUCUCAUUCAAACAACAUCUUGACCAAAUUCGCUCCCCAAAUAAAUCAUCUUUGCCAAGAUGAUGUCCGCACCUGCACCAUAUCCAACUGUGCAAUCAUCUGCACCGGCAAUCGAUGAUCAUGAAAUCACAACGCGCACGCCAUCAAUUUGUGUGGAUUACCUUUCGCAUAAUUGGACGGAUGAAGAUGUUUGGAGCAGUUGGAAAGCAAUGACAAAGAGAAAGAAUGAGAUCGCAAACGGAGUUAGAUUAGAGAACGCAUCAUGGAGAACAUGGGCAAAACAAAGAGGAAAAUUAAAAACAAUCAGUCCGGAAACGUUGAAUUGGCUAAAAGAUUCAGAUGUCACUUGGCUUUAUGGUCCUUUACAUGAACAUGCUGAACCCGUUCCUCCUCCAAGACAAGCAACUGCGCGGGAAAGGUUAGGAUUAGAAGAUGUAACACGCACAAAGUCAAUCUUGAAGCAUAGGACCAUAUCAGAAAUGCUCACCACUCCCGGUCUAAAUGCAACCAGUCCAUCUGUUGAAACACCACCACCGGUCGGCAGCGGGUCAACUUCAAGAGAUGGUAGUGAUGACGGACGAGAUUCAACAGGAAGAGACAGUGGUAAUGCGACACCGACUAAUGCUACAGGAGGAAGGCCUGCGAUCACAUUCACCAAAAGUGAAACUGCACUAUCUGCUUUGGGAAAACGAUCUGCAGGCAGUCCACCGGCAAGUGAAAGGUUGAUGCGAAAUAUGACGAUAGGCGACAAAAAUGAUGGAAUCGUACACUCGGCACCCGAAGAGAAGAGGCAUAUCAGCUUUAAUCAACGAGUGGAUCAAUGCAUCGCUGUUGACGCUCAUGAGGAAGAGGAGGAGGAGGAUGAAGAUGAUUAUUCAGACGGAAACUAUGAGAUCGGAAGAAAGGAUGACGAUGAAGGUUCUUCUAGCGAUGAGGAAGUUUUGACGAUGAAGUCUAGUCCCAGAUCAACUGCUGCAUGGCCCACAAUGGCUUCCAGCCGCAACUCCAGUCCUGGACUAGAACAUCAAACGAUUGCCAAGCUUGCGCCUACAAUCCUUAAAACAAGCGACACCUACCCUGCCCCUUCUCCUCAAGUUGUCGAUCCGUCUGGAUUCACUGCUCACUUCAAUGGAAGCGAUGUUGCCGGUAGCGAUGGACAACCUCGUCUUUCGGCUCAACCUCAACUAUAUCAGUAUGACAAUAGCGAUGAAGAUCUCACACAAACCAGAUAUAGCCAAUGGGAUGCAGAUGAUGACUUCAAUGGCGAUUUCGAUUAUUUCAACGGACCUGAUGUGCAUGACAGUUAUCAUUCUCAAUCUGGUCGGGCUGCUGGCGAAGAGGAGAAAGGUGCUGGCCUAUAUAAUGAUGCUUCUGCCAAUUCGAAUGCACAAUCGAACGAUAGUGUUGAUAAUUCCGGCUCAAAUCGUACUUCAGAACCUCCAAGAAGUAUUUUGAAAAGGAGACCGGCGCCUGCCGAAGUGAAUGAUCAAGAAGAGCAAUUAUCUGGCUCACAACAUUUCUCGCCUCCAUCAUCGCCAGAAACGGGUCAAUCAAGCCUUGCAACUUCACCGAGUAAAGAACGUGGCCGUACUUCUCAGCGGGUCGGUAGCUCUGCAAGUUAUGAAAGGAUUCAAGAUGCAGCUCGAGGUACAGUUCUAGGCACAGCAAAUUCUACGCGAGCAAGAAGUUCUAGCUCAAAUGGUUCCAUCUAUGAAGGUUCAAAUGCAGAUCAGCCAUCGACAUCUUCCAGUCCUCCAUCGACAGGAUCGGGAAACAAUAAGAAUGUAUCUGAUCGUCGGGAGUCUUUUAGGGGAAGGGCUGGAGAUGGAUCAAAAGCAAUGGAAGGCAAUCGUUCAGGAUCCGCAUUUGCUGGAAAGAGAGAUGGAUCGGCAGGUGGAGCAUUCGAAGGAGAUUCUGACGGAAGAGCUUCUUUGGACUUCAAUAGCCCUGGUUAUCCUGCCAGUCCUUUGUUGGGCGAUAAAGAUUACGAUUCGGAUGGCAGUGAUGAAGCCAAAUUGUAUGGAAAUAAAAAGGAUUCCAGUAGAUGGGCAGAUGCACGAAGCGGAAAACAGCAAUCGAACAGGAGAGGUGGAUCUUCUAAAUUGGCCAAUAGCGUUCCAAAAGGCGCAGGCGGAAUGAGCGAUGAUGAAGAAGAACAAGAGGAAUUGGAUGAUGAAGGUGAACCUUCAACUCGACUGAGCGUCGAUUUGGAAAACCUACCUUCGAACACUGUCAGUCCUCCUGGAUCAGCGCCAGGCGGUCCAACUCCACUCAAUACACCCACAUUUGCAUUGGCAAAAUCUCGCUCGGGCGGUAAAAAGAGCGCAAAAGGUAGUGCAUCAAGUGCAAGUACAAGUGCAGGUGGAAUGACUGCAAACAAGCAUGCAAAAGAUACAUCGAUCGGUAGCGGUGCUUCAAGCAAUGAAGAUUGGGAAAAUCGAGAACCUGAAUCGCCAACAUUGCCGAGAAGAAGUAGUGCAACAGGCGCUCUGGUUGCUCCCAGUGAUGCUGACAAAGUUGCAGGCGUUCGUGUUCCUUUAGCACAUGAUUACGUUGAAGAAGACGAAGGCGGAAUCGUUGGACGUGCUGUAGAAAUUGUGAAUACCGCUCGUGAUUUGAUUGGGGCUCUUUUGGGUACUGGUGGGGAUAGAGGCCGAAGUUGGAGAGAAGCCAAUUAAUCAAGUCAACGAAUUAUCAACGCUCUUCUAUUCUCUCAGGAAUUCAUCUGUACAUCUGCUCAGGCAUCGUCACCAUCUUCUCGUUUCUUCCAUACCACAUCAACAUAUCAUUAUAAACAACAUUAUCAGCAUUAUCGACAAUCUCACCAUCCAAGCUUUGCAUCAUUACCGUAAAAUGUUUUUAAUGUGU